CCAUUAGCUGGAGGAGCAGCCACUGUGUUGGCGACUCCUGCUAUUCUAGCUGCCUUAGGUUUUACUGCAGGUGGAAUAGCAGCCGGCUCCAUUGCUGCCAAACUAAUGUCGAUGGCUGCAGUUGCUAAUGGAGGAGGCGUUGCAGCAGGAAGUCUGGUGGCAAUCUUGCAGUCAAUUGGGGCUACAAUUGGAGCUGUGACUGGAACUGCGACUGUAGUUGCGACAGCGACUGGAGCUGCGGCUGGAGUAGCUGUGGCUGGAGCUGGAGAAACUGUUGCAUGGAUGCUGUCAACCAUUUGUCACCAGAUCUAAUAAAGAUUUAGAGCAUGGAUAUGAGACGCAUUUAAUCUUCACCUAAUGGAGACAAAUACUCAUUUUGUGUAUCUGUACUGUGAUGAAUGUCAAAUACCAACAUUAAACUGUGUAUUCCAUGGCUUAAAUAUUUGAGCAUCAAUCCAGAAGCAAUUAUAUUGUUAUGAUGAAAUUAAAAGUAACAUAUCCAAUUUUCAUCUUGUAAUCUAUUAUUUGUAUAAGCCAAAAGUGUGUUUUAUAAUGUGGAAGAUGAUGCCUGCAUAGUGUCAUUUGCAGGAUGUGAAUUAGCUCUUAUAAAUCUUUGUUUUUACACUAUAACUGAAUCGGAAGGCAUUAACAUGAUGCUUCUGUGCUCUGUGAGUACUUUUAUCUUAUUAUGCGGGCAAUUCU